AUGGAAUAAUUAUUACCUAUGGUUAUUGAAGAAUACAAUGUCUUUAAGCAAUUUAUAAGGGAGUUGUAUAAGCAAACUCCAUUACAAGAAUACACAAAAUCUUUGGAUAUUUUUGAUACUGCUGUACUAGUAUCAAUUAUAAGUAUAAUUGGCUUAUGGGCUAUAAGGAAUCUAAAUUUUCCAAACAAAGAUUACAAUUAAAGUAUAUAAGAUUUUAUAGAAUAGGUUUUUUUGGAUAUUUGAAGGCAUAGAUAUUUCUAUUCUUUGUAAAUUAUUGUCCAGGUGUAAAUUCUUACAUAGAAAAAUAAAAAUAGAAUGCAUUACAAUCUUUUAGUGAUUCAAUGGAAAAAAUGANUGUAACGAUAUUGGAGUAGCUUUGA